GGAGGCUGUGAGUGUGUGUGUGUGUGUGUGUGUCUGAUAAUGAGCUACAAGUGGCAGAGGCAAGACCAAUAAGCCUUUCCAGCACCUCCCAGGAAAAAAAAAUCUAUUUGCACAGGACAGAAACGUAUAUAAAGCCCUAGAAGAAGCUGAUGUUGCCUGUGAAUCGACAGGUAGUGAAGCUGCACACAAUGCCUCCAGCACUGAGACUCUGAGCACUGCCUGAAUGAACAUCUGGAUUACUGGCUGAAAGACCAGCUUUAGUGUUUUUUUGGAAUUUGGGGAAGUGAAUAUUCAGCUAAACCUUUCCAGUUACCCAGCUCGUUGUUCCUGCAUUAUUUAUAUAAUUUAAAAAAAAUCAUGACUUGGAAAAAUUUAUUAUUUUAAUUCAUAUUUUACCAACAUUUCCAGUCUUUUUUCCACAAAAUCUCCUUUUUUCACUCCAUGUCAAGUAUAUUCUCUGUUUAUUUUUGGAUGCAUUGACUUGUGGCUGAGUCACUUAAACCAUGUGCACACAUCUGGCUGUCACCUCUCUGCUUGCUUUGGAUCUGUUGCUUCUCAUCCCUUCUUUGUGUUCCUCCUUACAGGAGAUUGUGGUUAUCCCCAAAAAGCUGGAUCCUGAUUUAAAUGGAAGAUAUUAUUUAAAAAAAGAAAAUGAAAAUGCCAAGGAUUUAGGGGUCAUUUUCCAAAUAACAGCUUUUCACGAGGAUUUCUACCUCAAUUUGAUCCCUGAUGCACAGUUUAUUGCUCCAGCCUUUUCUAUGCACUUUCCUGGCUCUGUCCCCAAACCAUCACCAGGUUUAAGACAUUGUUUCUACUCAGGAGAUGUUAAUUCGGACCGUGAUUCUUUUGCUGCACUGAGCCUCUGUGGAGGACUGAGGGGUGCUUUUGGCUACAAAGGAGAGGAAUAUAUCAUCAGCCCUUUAAAAAAUUUCACUAGAGACCAAUUGCAAAAUAGCCACCAGGGGCCGCACCUGCUACAGCGCAGAAAAGGACCUAUGAAGCCAGUAGAUGCCACUUCCAGGUGUGGAGUUGAUUCUGGUCUAAAUCAAGGUAUUAUGGAAGCUCUAAACAAAUACAAGGGCUCUCACAAUAAAAAGCACUUGAAUGGCACCAGGUUAAAAGGCAGUCACCGGUCCCGCCGUUUUGCAUCCAUAACUAGGUAUGUGGAGACAUUGAUCGUAGCUGAUGAGACAAUGCUCAAGUUUCAUGGUGAUGACCUUCAGCACUACCUGCUCACCCUGAUGGCUACAGCAGCUCGAUUAUACAGACACCCCAGUAUUCAGAAUCCAAUCAACAUUGUUGUGGUGAAAUUUAUGGUACUAACUGACGACGGGAAGGGUCCAAAAGUUACAACCAAUGCUGCCAUGACACUCAGAAGUUUUUGUGGGUGGCAGAAAAAAUGGAACAAAGUAAGCGACAAGCACCCGGAGUACUGGGACACGGCGAUCCUCUUCACCAAAAUGGAUCUUUGUGGUGCUUCUACCUGUGACACACUGGGAAUGGCAGAUGUAGGAACCAUGUGCGAUCCAAAACGUAGCUGUUCUGUAAUAGAGGAUGAUGGCCUUCCCUCUGCUUUCACUACAGCACAUGAGCUCGGUCAUGUUUUUAACAUGCCUCAUGAUAAUGUGAAAGUCUGUGAAGAAGCGUUUGGAAAACUAAGGGAGAAUUUUAUGAUGUCACCAACGCUUAUACAAAUUGACAGAUCCAACCCCUGGUCUGCGUGCAGUGCAGCCAUCAUUACAGACUUCUUGGACAAUGGGCACGGAGAAUGUCUUCUGGAUGAACCAGCAAAACCCAUUUUGUUGCCAGAAGAACUGCCAGGUGUUAGAUACAGCCUUAGUCAACAGUGUGAGCUGGCAUUUGGCCUGGGUUCUAAACCUUGCCCUUACAUGCAGUACUGUACUAAGUUGUGGUGCACUGGAAGGGCACGGGGGCAGCUGGUAUGUCAAACCCGUCACUUUCCUUGGGCUGAUGGAACAAGCUGCGGGGAAGGAAAGUUCUGCCUGAAUGGUGCUUGUGUAGAAAGGCACAAUGUGAAUCGAUAUAAGGUGGAUGGAGCAUGGGGGAAAUGGAGCCCAUAUGGUCAAUGUUCUCGGACAUGUGGUGGGGGAGUACAACUAGCCAAAAGAGAAUGUAACAACCCUGCACCCUCUAAUGGAGGCUCCUUCUGUGAGGGACUAAGAGUAAAAUACAGGUCUUGUUCAUUAAAUUCUUGCCCUGAAAAUGGUAAAAGUUUUAGGGAAGAACAAUGUGAAGCUUUCAAUGGUUUCAAUCAUAGCACAAACCGUAUUACUCAUACAGUAGGCUGGGUUCCGAAAUACUCAGGUGUCACCCCAAGGGAUAAGUGUAAGCUUAUAUGCAGGGCCAAUGGCACUGGAUACUUUUAUGUGCUGUCUCCAAAGGUAGUUGAUGGGACACCGUGUUCUCCUGAUGCAACAUCUGUCUGCGUACAGGGCAAAUGCAUUAAAGCUGGCUGUGAUGGACAACUUGGCUCAAAGAAAAAAUAUGACAAAUGUAGAGCUUGUGGAGGUGAUAAUAAAAGCUGCAAAAAAAUAUCUGGUCUGUUCACCAAACCUAUACAUGGCUAUAACUUUGUGGUGACAGUUCCAGCGGGAGCCAGUAAUUUGGAUGUACGGCAGCGUGGUUACAAGGGCCUGAUAAAUGAUGACAACUACCUGGCAAUAAAGAAUGCACAAGGUCGUUACCUGUUGAACGGAAAUUAUAUUGUGUCUGCAGCAGAACGAGACAUCACAGUUAGAGGGAGUGUUCUAAAAUACAGUGGUACAGGAACUGCUGUGGAAACAAUACAGGCUAUGAAUAUGAUACAAGAAUCCCUGACAAUAGAGGUACUUUGUGUUGGAAAAAUGACUCCUCCUCGUUUGAGAUAUUCAUUUUAUAUACCUAGAGAAAAGAAAGAUGGAAAAGUUGGACAGGUGAUAAGUAACAGCCUAGCAGGUCUACCGCCUCCUUUACCCAGGCUCAAGCCUCAAUCCAACUGGAUAGCUGGUAACUGGGGAGACUGCUCAGUAACUUGUGGUAUUGGACACCAGAUACGGACUAUUGAGUGUCGCGAUCCAUGGGAACAGAUGGCAUCUGAUUGUCAGGCAGCCCUUCAGCCAUCUGAAAGAAGGACCUGUGGUGACCCUUGCCCAGUGUGGGAUGCUGGAGAAUGGUCAUCCUGCUCUAAGAGCUGUGGUCGUGGAUUUAAAAGAAGACAGCUGAGAUGUAGUGUAGAUGGUGGUUUAAUACUGCCAAGAGAGCACUGUUACUUGAAAAGAAAGCCACAGGAGCUGGACUUCUGUUAUAUUCGGCCUUGCUGACUCAUGUUAGGAGAAUGAAAAGACUUUUUUGGAACAGUUGGAAUCUGGAGGAGCAUAGAAGCAGUUUCUACUGCACUGAAUAUAUAUACUGUAUAUAUAAAUAUAAAAUACAGAUGUGUCAGUUAUAAGGGUUCGAAAAUGAAGGAGCCCAGUGUAAAAAAUAUAGUUUGCAUACUGAGAUACUGAUGCUAACACAAGAGACUCUUGACAAAAGCCCUGGAUGAUGCUUUGCACUUUUCACUUGUCUGUCGGUUACAUGUUUUUUUUCUUUGCUUGACAAUCUCAAAUUGUAUAUAUAAUUUACUGGUACAAAUUUUUUGGACCUUUCUCACAGAAAUGUAGCCAGAAGGUGCUUCACAUAUAUAUAAAUAUAUAUAUAUAUAUAUAUAUUUGAUAAGUAGCAAAGGUUUGAUAAUUUUUUUUUUCCAGUGUUCCUCAUGAAUUUCCAUUCAGGGAUUUUCUGGCUAUAUUUUUAACCUAAUAUGGAUCACUUUUAAGGUCCCAUUAAUGUAUAGCUAUUAGCACAUGGCCAUAUUCAAUAUUGGCUAUAGUACACUAAAUAGUAGGUCAAUUUGACAUAUGUGAAAGAUGAAAUUAUUUUCUUUGAUAAAGGUAAAACAAAUCUCCUAGUUAAUCUACCUCUAUGUAUCUCCUAGACAGGAUGAUGGAGAGGAAGGAGGGGCUUUAAGAAUUAAUAUUUCAGAUAAAAUGUUCACCUUUAAAAGAACUCUUAGUAUGGUGUAGAUUCAUGUAAUCUGAGUAACUUUGCAACUGGUCUUCAUUUUGGUUGAUUUUUGAACUAUAUUCCUUCCUAUUCAACUUAGGAUUUGAGAUGUACUGUAGUGUGGUUGUUGGAUAUCAGUGACAUGACAGGGUCAGGGACAAAAAUACAUUGCCUUAGGCUAGCCAUUAAAGGGUUUACAUUUUGGUUCCUGAGGUCAACAAAGAGUCCAUGGUGAUCUAUGGUGGACCCAGGUACUGUAGAUUCAUUUGGAGAGAAUCUACCUUUGGGAAGGCCAUAAUUUUUGCUGAAUCAAUGAUCCAAUAAGGUGCUAACUUACCAUCCAGCAUUAUUGUAGCAGUAGCAGUACAUUUACUUAUAAACCAAAAUGUCUAUAUCCUGGUACUAAUGAUCAAAAUUUGCUGUAAAGCUUUUACUGUAACAAUUUUUCAUGCUGACGUUUCUUUAAGGUCCUACCUAGGCUCAUAUUAUGUGAGUUUACAUAAUACAUAUUGUGUACAUAUUUAUACAGUAUGUAAUGCUGGAAAAAUGUUAUUAGAAAAAGAAAAUUGCCUUUGUAUUACUGUUUGGGAAUAUUAUUUUUACUUUGUCUCCAAGUAGUUAAACAAUUGCCCAUAGUGUACAAAAAGAGGCAAGUUCAUUUACAACACAUUUUGUGUUGUAUUAUUUUGGAAUUUACGGAUAUCAGAGAAAUUUUAUAACCACAAAAGCUAAUUAAUUAGAAUAAACUAAAGAUAAACAAAUAGGGAAAUACCUGCUGAAUAUGGCAAAAUAUGGCAAAAGCUGCCAACAGAAAGAAUCUGAAAACAUCAAUGAUUAAGCAGAGGACAAUGGAAAUCAAACAGUAUGUUUGAUUUACAAUAAUUUUGCACAUCUCUAAUGAUAAACAAUACAUUGUACUGUAAACAAAUUCCUACUGAGUAAAAUAGUAAAUAGUAGGCUUUCUUGAUAGUCUUUAUAGGAUGGAUAUAAAAUAGACUAACUGGUCGGGUGAAGAUGUAUAGACAAAUAAUGGCACCUCAUUCAUUGUUUUGGGGGUGUGGUAGAGAUGCAUGAACCUUUUUUACUGCCACACAAAUUAUUUUUUUUUCUCGAGUCUGGUUUUAUUUGUUAUUUUUUCCCCAGCAUUCAAGAGAUGUAUGUUCUUAUUGCAUGAACAGAGAGUUCAGUUGCCAUAUUUUAAAAUCCUAAUUAUUGUGUAAUGCAUUUUGGCCAGUAAACACUGAUUGACUCCUUAAAUUAUAUCAAACAAAGAGCUUUAUGUUACUAGCGAUCUGGAAAACUACCAAAAACAGAAGACAACUGUUGAUAUAAAUGAGGGACUGUGUGCUCAUUUAUAUAUAUAUAUAUAUAUAUAUAUAUAUAUAUAUAUAUAUAUAUAUAUAUAUAUAUAUAUAUAUAUAUAUUUGUGUAUAUUUCUUACUUCCCCCUUUUUUUAAAUGCAAAAGAAAAGCCAAAAGAAGGCUGUGUCUGUAUAUACAUAUGUAUACUAUGUAUACUCUGUAGCCAUGUACAAGAAAAAAAUAAACUUGUGCAAAUUCAACUUCC